AUGGACGUAGAACAAGAUCCAACAGCUGGGGAAGAGACCUCUCCGACCCAGACCGAACCGGACCUCCCCGAACCCGGUACCGACGGUGACGUCGUGACGCUACAGCCAACCACGACCACAACCGCAAGUUCAACACUAGACCAACCUCAACCCACUGAGACAGGAAGUAGCGGUAAUAGUAAUGAUGUCAACUCUGAUAUCACACUGGACGAGGAUGGGAAUGUUACUUCGGGGAAUAACACCUCGCCGUUGAUCGUCGAUGUAGGCGGACCUGAAGCUCAUGGGGAUGUGGUCGGGGAAGGGAACCCUGCGGUCAACCUCAUCCUGGGACUCUUGAUCGUCCUAGGCUCCAGCGCUCUGAAUGCGUUCGGAUUGAAUCUUACCAAGUUGGACCAUAUGCGAAACUCUCAACUCCCGAAAGCUCAACGAAAGCCGGAUUAUCUGAGACCGAUGUGGGUCGCUGGGAUGGUCGCUUAUAUUCUUUCGCAGUUGUUCGGAUCGACCUUGUCGCUCCGGUACCUCCGCUCAGACUGGGUCGCGCCCUUAGGGUCGACCUCGUUGAUCUUCAAUUUCUUGUUCGCCAAGUGGUUGGUCGGGACGCCGGUCACCAAGGAGGACGUACGGGGCACGGCGUUGAUCGUCGUCGCGGUCAUCUUGAUCUUGAUCUUUUCGUCCAUCAACCACGGGCUGGACGGGUCGAUUAGUCUAGAACGGCUUUCGUCGCUCUGGUCAAGACCGAACUGGCUGUCAUACUUUUUUAUCAUCGCUUUUCUCACUUUUUUCACCUACCUCGUCACCCGGACCCUCACGCUCAUCCUCAAAUCCCGGGAAUCCCUCUCACCCUCCUUGCCCUCCUUCGACCCGGACGCGCCCGCUGCCUCGUUGGGCGGUCGGAAAAAGGCCGAUACGUCUAAUGCCGUCGUCAAAUUUGUCAAGCGCGGGAUGGCGCUGUGGAGUAAAGGGCAGAUGGCUGCGGUCAACAAGGGGGAGAGGUUGUUGGAGAGGACGCCGGAUGAGAGGUUGUUAUGGUUGACAGGUGUCGGGUGGGCCGUCGUCGGAGGAAGCUUGGCGGGCGCUUGUUUGGUGUUCACAAAGGCCGUGGUCAAAUUGCUGCAACUUCCGGGCAGACCAUUUACCCACCCGGUCGCUCUGGUCACCUUGUUCUUUGUGGCGGUAACCGCUAUCCUCCAGAUUAUUUGCCUGAACAAGGGACUCAAGGCGGCCGAUUCUACGUUGAUCGUCCCGCUUUUCUAUGCUGGCUAUACUGUUCUGGGUUUCGUGAACUCGUUGAUUUUCUUGAAUCAGUCGGGAGCUUACGAGACAUGGGUCUUGGUCGCCGUCUUCAUGUCGAUCGGGCUUCUCGUAGGGGGAGUGGUACUGCUCUCACUCAAAAAGACCGACGUCGAUGCAGAACCGGCAGCCGGUCGCGGUAAUACGAUCUCGGCUACGAACCCUUCGAUGCGGUUGCACCCGAUUCACAACAGUCGCAAUCAGGGAGGCGCGGCUGCGGUUUCGUCGGCCAGAGACGGGAACGGCCGACCGACCAACACCAGGACACGCAGCAAUUCGGCUAGAAGUCCGAUGGGCAAGCUCAGCGAGGAUGGCUACGGACUGGGUACCGAGAACCAGGCUUGGGCGAUCGGAGAUAUCAGCGAUGAUGACAGCGACGUGGACGCUGGAGGCAAAGACAGGGGCCGGGCUAGCUCUUCGAGACCGAGAGAGGAAGGGGAGCGGGGCGGCUUACUAUUCGACGAAGCGGAGGAAGAGGAAGAAGAAGCGAGAAGAGCGCGGAACGGCGCCAAACCCUCGGAAGACCCUCCAAUCUACGCUUCGGUAGAGGCACGGGUGGAUAGCGACGACGAAGAUGAGGAUCCGUUUGGGGACUUCAAAGAGAGUAAAACAAAGGAUCGAUAA